ACAAAGAUUAUUGAAAAUCCAGUCGUGCAAACCGAACAAGUUGAAAGUUUAGUAAAUGAUGCAAAAGAUAAAGAUUUUUACUGCAGCUUUCAAUCAAAUACUUUGCCUACCAAAUCGGAUGAUUUUUCAACACCGCCUAUCUCUAGCUCUCCUACGCAAAAGCGACGAGUACCACCCGAGUCGAUCUGUCCCAAAUGUGGCAAGAUAUUUUUAGGACGCCGCCUGCAACGUCAUUUCACACAAUAUCCAGAUCAUAUGCUUGCAAAAAGAACUGAAGACGCAACAGUACAAGAGCCAAAGCGGCAAACUGAUAUUGCAAGUCCCACCGAAGAUAUGACACUAUUCAGAUUUCUAAUAUCAAAGCUGCAAAAACCACUACUCAACGAGGAUCAGCGUGCCGAUCUCUUUCUAAAUGAACUAAACGAUCUGAUUGAGCAAUUGCAGUUACGUAGCACAAGGCUAAUACGCAACACUUCGGGAUUGCAUUUUGUUAGUGCGCGAACAGCGCGUGUGCUAGGUAUACCAGAGGGCCAAUAUGCGCUCGAUAUGAGCGCUAUAGANCUAUAA